AAUGGGCCAAAAUAUUGGGCCUUUGAAAAUGCUAUAACUUAAUUGGAAAAUUUAAACUCAUAUGUUAGUUCACCUUAUUGGCAGGCCUUGAACGGAAUUUUGUAAAAUUGUAUCACUUUUUGUUUUCCUAGUAAAUUACCAGUGUUUAGCUGAUAUAUAUCUAUCGAUGGACAGCCUGAGCAACCUAGACAUUAUCUUUGUCAACCAGCAAAUAGAUAUGCAGGAGCUCUUCAUCAGCUUCAGCAGCAACAGAAAGUACGCCGUUCGCGGCGACCCAAAAGCGGCUCCGAUCCUCUACGCCGUGCAGGAUAAUAAGUUCAGGGAUCGCGCACUCAAGCCAAAUUAUUUUUUUACCAUUAAGAUAAUGAACAGUAGAAUGACCGAGGUGAUGCACGUGGACUCGCCCAGGCCGGACGCCUACUUCACGCAGCCCCGCAUCGAGGUAAACGCACCACCCGGAAACCUGAUCGGCAUCGUCAAGCUGCACAGCAUGUCCUGUCCACGCACUCUGCACAUCCUGAAACCAAAUCAAAGCAAGCAAGAGGUGGAGUACGUCAUCAAUGCCCCGGGCACCUGCGGCGGAGGCAAUCUAUACCAUAUGCCACUUAAGAAAACUCUUCCGCAGGUGAUGGACAUGAAGAAUAAAGAGGUGGAAAAGUUAUUUAGCGGACCUUUCCAGGAAUUGUAUACAGCUGCCGAUUACUUUAAAGUCAACUGCAAGGGCCUGGACAAUCGCCUCAAGACGAUUCUGCUGGGCACCGUCUUCUUCCUGGACGGCUUGUUCUACGAAAGAUCAGCUGCACGUAAAAUCCUAUUUUGAUCAAAUCGAAAUGAGCCCAAUUUGCUUUUAGCACUGUUUGAAGUAAAUGUCAAAAGAAUUGUUCGUGCCCAAAUUUAUUUUGUAUUAUAUCUUUCUCG